AUGGACCUUGCCAUAUCGUCACGAAUUUUCGCUGAUUUCCCCCAAGAAAUAGUCGACGCCAUCAUUGAUACGCUUUGCGACGAUACAUCAUCUUUAAUUGCCUGCUCCCUGGUUUGCCGCCGCUUCCUUCCACGCGCCCAAGUGCAUCUAUUCUCAACUGUUGCACUCGCUCAUCAGCACCAAUGUGUUACCUUCCAUUCCCUGAUACAGUCAUCGCCCUAUAUCUCGUUAAACGUGAAGACUUUGAAACUGCGAUGUGGCUUCAGCACGCCUAAUCGUAAUGCAUGGGAUAUCACCUAUGAACCCCUUUUACAGCCCAUAAUACGCGCGGCGAGUAAUCUCGAAAAGCUCUAUCUGAGCUCUAUCCUUUGCCCCCUUCCUAGCGACACGAACUCGCCAUUAUCGUCGAUCUUCUCGUGCUCGUUGACUUCGCUGGAAUUGCACAGUGUUCGGUUCGCGGAUUUCAAACACUUAUGUUCAUUUGCGCGCGCGUGGCCGACCCUGAAGAGCUUUACGUGCUCAGGGCAGAUGUACACGCAUACCGUGCCAUGUGAGCACAAGCACCCUCCUGGACCUCUGGUGGAAUGGUUGGACAUCGACGGCGCCUACGGACGCACGGAUAUAUUGGAUAAUAUCAUCAGUUCAGGCAUAUGCCCGGUCUCGGUUGGGAUGCUUCGAUCUUUGGUUUUUCCCAUCCACGAAAAACAAGAUAUUGAACGGUUGCGAGCUUUGACGAAGCUUUGCACAGACACGCUUCGAAAUCUUCAUAUUAUCCAUAACAAGUCAUCGGUACCGUUCCGAUUACCACCGGACUUGGCUCACCAGCGGUUCAAGGUUGGUAGUCUACGGCGUCUUACCAUCGAGGUAUACGCUAAAUCAGAAGGGUCUGAUUCGAGUCUCUUGGAUUGGUGGAUAAACAGUAUAGGUGCGGCAGAGAUUCUUGAAGACAUCACCUUUAAAUACUUCAUCGAGGAAGGUGCGGUAUCGACGGAGAUAGCUAAGCCUCUCUGGCGUAAGAUGGAUUCUACGCUUUCAAGACUUACGGCAUUGCGGAUGUUCGCUUUUAACAUUGUUUGCUGGGGAUAUACGGUGCCGGAUAGGGGCUCGCCUGGCGAGGAUUCCCUCUCAUUUGAAUCUAGAGACAAGCUUGAAAAGCUAAGGAGGGCUCUAAACGAGAGUUUCAAGCUUUUGAGGGUCAGGGGUGUGGUUACAAAUACUACUGUGGAGAUAGAUGACUAUUUGUAG